AUGACGGGACUUGGCAUUGCGCCCGUCCCCUGCAUUCGCUGUAAGGCUCGUCGAGUCAAGUGCGACAAACGCCAGCCGGGAUGCGCACGAUGCGAAAAGUCGGCGCAGCCGUGUCCUGGCUACAAUCGCGUCCGCAAGUUCCUCGACGAGGGCGAGAACUUGCGUCACAAGAUUGCCAAAGGCACCGGCUCGCGACGAUCUGACAGUAGUAGCGCCUCCGUCGUCCGAGACAGCACCCCCGCCAAGGCGGCCGGCUCGGUGAAGCAGGCCUCACCGAAGACACCAUUCGUUGCCUCGCCACGGUCACGCACCGAUGACACCAAUGGCGCCGGCAUUGAUCCAGCAAUCAUCCAUGAGCAUAGCCCACUAGCAGGUGGGCAGUCGAAGCCGGAGGACGUCUACCCCCUCAACGUCCACCCUGCUUCAUCCAUAGCCAUGAUCACGCCCCGGAGUUUCUCUGACCUCGACUUUGACGCCGCAUACUUCGAUAUCGACCCGCAAGUCUACUAUGCCGACCCUAUCAACUGCUGUCUCCUUAUCCCAGACGCGUCUCAGGCCGAUGACGACGAGUUCCUGGACCCAACACAGACGGCAUCUUCCAUGCUCAGCCCCAUAACGUCGUUUGACCCGUCAGCACAAUCAGGUUCAGGUGGUAGCAGUCUGUCCGCGCCCUCAGAUCAGGAUGACGACGACGAAGAGCAUGAAGCUUCCCAUCUUAUCCGCUACUUCGCCGACUUUACCAGCCAGUGGCUCGACAUUUUUGACAUGGAAAAAUUCUUUGGCACCGUGGUCCCCGUGAGAGCCGUCCACAGCGCCCUUCUGAAGAACUCUCUCGCGGCGGUGGCAGCCAAGCAGUUUGGGAGCCUGCGGAAGGCAUCUGGAGCGCGUUCGUCUCCUGAACACGGCAGCUACCCUCCCCACGAGCAGAGCCAUUGGAGAUCUACGCUAGAUAUACACUUUGACAAGUCGGGGCCGGAAUGGUUUUACAAGGCUGCAAGUUUCUACGACAAGGCUAUUGGCCAGAUGAUGGCUUCAUUACAGACACUACGGGUAUGCUGCUCGCCGGGCCAACCCUUUCCCAACUACGCGGCAGACGCGCAAAACCUUGCGAAGUCGCGGUCGCAAUACCCGGGAGCAUCGCCGCUCGAGAGCCCUCACAGGCCGUCAAAUUGUGAAGACGUUGCCGACGAUCUAUUGGCAGCCAUAUCGGUAUUCUUGCUGUAUGAAGCGCUGGAUAAUCGCCAAGCCGAAAUGAUGCAACAUAUGAAAGGCGCCCAAUACCUUCUCACGCUGGACGUUGACCAAAACUAUCAGAUUUGCAACGCCACGGACAAGUCAUGUCCUAGAAUCGCGUCCAGCUUGACACCGACCAAGGCUUGGGUAGCCAGUUUCUGGAACUUCGCCUGGGUCGACUAUGUCGUCUCGUAUACGAGACAUACUGCACCCCACAUCGAUACUGAGAACAUGUCCAUGUGGAAGGCGGCUGGGCUGCCGCUCUGCGAUUUUGGUGGACUUUGCAUACCCGAGACAUUGAGGGACGCCAACAUGUCUCCACCACGGCUGAUGACAGAAACAGCAGCAUGCAGGACUCUGCUCUGGAUUGUAUUGGAGACGUUGAAGUUCGUUGCGUGGACCGAGAUGGAGGACAAGAACAUGGCCGCCGAGGAAGAGAACGCUUGGUCCGGCCGGGUGCGUCAACACCAUGGACUCGCGCCGUCUCAGAGACGUCAACGUUGGCAUCGCAUUCGUCAACACCUGGAGAGUUGGAAAGUGGCACUCCCGGUCACAUUUGAGCCGUGCGUUCGCAUCUCGUCACACGGGCCACGGAGGCCAGGGUCGUCAACGCCACUGCAAUCCGACAUACCAGAGCUGUUUUACAGCAGCGCCAUGUGCGCCACUGCCGCGCUCCUGUACCAUGUCACUCAAAUCAUUCUCAUGUUGCACAAACCAGUGGACCGGGCAUCGCAGUCGGCCACGAGGCUCUUGCACGCUCAACGACAGACAUCGGCCCUGAUUGAGGAACAUGCUCGCGAAAUAUGCGCGCUUGCGCUAGGACAAUCAACGCUGGCUGUGAGGAUGCACAUGUCGCGCCCUCUGCACUUGGCGGGUCUGUGUCUUCAGACCAAGGAGCAUCGGCAGUUGUUGGUAGAACUUCUCACGGGCAUUCAGAGAGAUACAGGCUACUCGACCGAGUGGACUGUCGACUUGCUGCGAAAGGAAUGGGGCUGGUCAGACGUCAACAGCACAGACAGCGCGCCAGACGUGCGGCUGCGGCGGCGAAUAUAG